AUGACUAAUGCCGUGUCAAUUUUUGCACUAGACUCUGAUAGCGAGGAAGAUGAUAACCUUCAUCACAACGUUGGUUUGAACAAACAAAAAAGUAGAGCCAAAGGAUUGCCACCCAGUGGCCAAAAUACUGCCGCCAAAUUAGUCGGUAGAAGAGUUUGGUCCAAAGUUGCAGUAUCACAUUCGAAUGGCUUUUGCAGCAUCCGAAAGUGCAAACAUGAUUCUCUCCAUCCGAAUCAUGGUUGCAUUCAAUGUAAAUGCGGAGUCCACAAUUUGUGUGUACAGGAAAAUAUGUUGAUGUCAAUUAGCAAGGAAGACGGUCACUGGUACUGUUCCAAGGAAUGCGGCGGAAGCGACGUUCUGGUAAUACACGAUGUGGGAGUUCGACAAGUAGCAACACCAACAUCAACACCAACUACAAAACCAAGAAGUACUGAGGGAGCUAAAAUUCAAGAAGAGAAUUUACUAGUAGCCGAAUUCGAAGACUGUGUAGUUGAUCUUGCUUGCCCUCCUCAGGCAGAGAUAUCCAUUUCGUCACUUGAAGAGCUUGAGAAAUCAUCUGAGGAGCUUGAGGAGCUUUUUGAAGACUCCGAUGACAUGGAUGAUUUCGAGCUUGAGGAGGGACUUGAGGAGCUUGAUGAAUCCCAUGACAUUGAUGAGUCUGAGCUUGAGGGAUCGGGUGACAUGAUGAGCGGCAGUUUCAAAUUGCAAAGGAGUUCGCCACUAAUGGCUGUAACCUUUCGAAAGAGAAUGAUCAUCGCCGGUAUAAAAUUGAAUAUAAUGAAAAAGCCAGGUAAAAUUUACAUUUACACAAAAUUGAAUGACAGCAUGUAUUCCACACCAACUCCACGGUAA